AUGUUUCGCUUAGUUUUGUUUAUCUCCAUUGGAAUUUGUUUGUAUGGGGUCCACUCUCACGAUGGAGUAGACUGUCCGUACAAACCUACAGCAACAGAAAAAUACAACUACAUGUUAGAUUUGUCAGACAAUGGAGAAUAUUUUCUUUUCUGGAAAUUUAACGACUCGCAUAUCACUUUUGAAGUUCACGCCAAAACCCAUGGAUACGUCGGGUUCGGACUGUCAACUACUGGGCGGAUGUACCCAGCUGAUAUCGUCACUGGGUGGGUCAAACCCGAUGGAUCAACGGUGUUUACGGAUCGCUUUAGUUCCGGGCACUUUCUACCCGAGAAGGACGCAUCACAAGACUACAUACUUCUCAGGGCGGAAGAAAAUGAAUUCGGCACUGUUCUUAAAUUCGUGCGUGCUCUCGACACAUGUGACUCAAAGGAUAUUACAGUUUCUCAUGACACUUUGAGGGUCAUUUACGCCUACCACCCAGAUGAUCCUGAGUCCGACGACAGUUUAUCUUAUCACGGGGGCUCCAGGCGGGGGUUCAAAAGUGCUCGGCUACUGGAGGCUCGGGCCGAGAUUCCUCAACUACCUGAGGACGUUAAAUAUUUUGACUUUCUCAACGGCAUCAACGGAGAAAACAACCUGUUUAAAGUUCCAGCAAAGGACACCUUCUAUCACUGCACUACUUUCAACAUGCCCGACAUCGGUGGUAAACGUCACGUGAUCAGGUACGAUCCAGUUUUGACUCCUGGAAACGAAAAAAUAGUACACCAUGUUGUUUUAUACCGCUGUCGCGGAGAGGAACCAAAUUUAGCCCAUAUGGAUUAUGACUGCUAUGAACUCACUAAAGAAUACCGCCCUCAGUGUCGAUCCGUCUUCUUGAUGUAUGAAAUCGGUGCAGGCUCCUUUAUUUGGCCGGAGUAUACUGGGAUGUCAUUGGGAGCGGAAGGUGACCCGACAUUUUUCGUCAUGGAGACCCAUUACUCCAACCCAGACUUAAGAGAUGAUAUUUUGGACAAUUCGGGAAUUCGAAUCUUCUACACAAAUAAGUUGCGUCAGUACGAGGCUGGAGUGAUGGAAACAGGAAUGGAAAUAACUCUUACUCAAUUUAUUCCACCACACGAGUCCCAGUUCCUGUCAGAAGGCAUUUGUUCACCUGAGUGUCUCAAAAUGGGAUUACCAAACGCCACAGAUGAAAUUAAAGUAUUUGCUCUUUUCCAUCACUCACAUCUACUUGCUAAUGGAAUGAAAACGAGGCUUAUACGCAAUGGAGUGGAACAACCGCCAAUUGCAAACGACGAAAAUUACGACUUCAAUUUCCAAGCAGCUAACGUUUUGCAGAAAGAAAUAACAAUUAAAUCGGGUGACAGUUUAAUUAUAGAGUGUAACUACAACUCUAAAACACGGACCAAUGUUACAAUGGGAGGACUUGCCAUCACAGAUGAAAUGUGUCUCUCCUUUUUAAUGUACUACCCAAAAAUCCCGGUCGAUGCAUGUCUGAGUUCCCCCGCCCAUGACGCCCCGUCCGAUUUUGCCAUGGACCAAAUGACCAUGUAUCUAAAACACGUAGAUCAUCACUAUGACAAUCAAAUGAAUCAACUCACAAACUUGAUCAACCAUAUUGACUGGAUGGACCCCUCCGUGAGGUCAAAGUUCAGGAACAAAUCACGCAUGUCCGGUUUUGACAAUCAAUGUUUCUAUAGAGGCAAAAAGGUGCUUGGUGAUUACUUCAGAAGACCAGAGGUCAAAGUUCCAUACACAAAUCCCAAGUCCAGUUGUGAAAAAGUAGACAUCUGA